CGGCCUCGCGUGUGGAGGGUCUUGGUAUCCCAGCACGACCCGGCUCCCCCCGCUGCUUCGGCCACCAUGCCGCGCUCUUUCCUCGUCAGGAAGUCCGCCUGCUCCCGCCGGAGACCCAAUUACAGUGAGCUCCACGACUCUUCUCCAGAGUUCACUUUUCAACAGCCCUAUGACCAGGCCCACCUGCUGGCAGCCAUCCCGCCACCCGAGGUCCUCAAUCCCACGGCCUCACUGCCUACGCUCAUCUGGGACUCUCUCCUGGCACCCCAAGCCCAGCCGAUUGGCUGGGCCUCUCUUCUGCCCCAGGAGAUCCCCAAGGCCAUCGAGCUGACCUCCCUGUCUGACGAGGACAGCGGGAAAGGCUCCCAGCCCCCCAGCCCACCCUCACCGGCUCCUUCGUCCUUCUCUUCCACCUCAGCCUCCUCCCUGGAGGCCGAGGGUUAUGCUGCCUUCCCAGGCUUGGGCCAGUUGCCCAAGCAGCUGGCUGGGCUCUCCGUGGCCAAGGACCCCCAGUCUCGCAAGGCCUUCAACUGCAAAUACUGCAACAAGGAGUACAUCAGCCUGGGUGCCCUUAAGAUGCACAUCAGAAGCCACACGCUGCCUUGCGUCUGUAGCACCUGCGGGAAGGCCUUCUCCAGGCCCUGGCUGCUGCAGGGCCACGUCCGGACCCACACUGGCGAAAAGCCCUUCUCCUGCCCCCACUGCAGCCGCGCCUUCGCUGACCGCUCCAACCUGCGGGCCCAUCUCCAGACCCACUCGGAUGUCAAAAAGUACCAGUGCAAGACGUGCUCCAGAACCUUCUCCCGAAUGUCCCUGCUCCACAAGCACCAAGAGUCAGGCUGCUCAGGGGGGCCCCGCUGACUCUAAAGGCUCCUUGCACCUCUCCGGGCCCUACCCCAACUCCAGAAGGAAGGACCCGGCAUCCUUCUCGCUGCCACAGAGUUCCCUCCUGAGCUCCGCCUUCUGGCUGCGUUGGCCCCCCAGGACUCUGAGGACCACUUCCCAGUCCUCUGCUCUGAGCGCCCCACCGGGCUCUGAGGGGGGCCUUUCUUUGGACAGCUGAUGGGAGGGUGGCUUGCAGCAGAGACCCCCUCCUGGCAGCCACUGCUCCAGAGUGUUCUGGAGUUGGCCUUUCUGCGUGGGUUUGUGUAUCCAGAGCUGUUUGGAUACAGCUGCUUUGAGCUCCAGGACAAAAGCCAGCAGACUGAUGAGAAGCUCCCACCCCACUCAGGGGACCCCAGCCUCCCCUACAGGAACCCUCAGGCCACCCCCUCCAGAAGGUGCAACUUAACUAUGCAAACAUCCACCCCCAGGUGCACUCGCGGGGGUGGGCCCUGACACAAGGACAGCGUCUAGACCCCAGGAUGCCCCAGGGCCUGGGCAGCUAUUUCAGCCUCCUGUUUGUCAUAGUGGCACCUGUUUCAUGGGCAAUUUAACAACGUCUCCAAAGGGACUGUGAAUAAUUGCCUUCACUUGUCCGGGGCCCAAGUGGGGUGCUUCGGCUCCACUGGUGUGUCUCCCGGAACUAUUUUCGGGGGCCCGACAGGUGGGCCCGGGAGGAAGAUGUUUACAUUUUUAAAGGUACACUGGUAUUUAUAUUGCAAGCGACAUUUUGUACUAAGGAAACGUUUUGUAUAGUUAUAUGUACGGUUUAUUGAUAUUCAAUAAAGUGGUUAAUUUAUACAUAAAAA